AAGCUGGGAUUGAUCAGCAGCUUUUAUAAACCUGCACCUCCGUCUGCAUGUUCAGUGUGAGCCUUCAACAUGACGACUGCACGGUUCUUCUUUGGGGCUUCCCUCUGGGCUCUGCUGAUUGUGGACAUGUGCUGUGGCCCUGUCAAGAAAGCGGCAGUUCUAUGUAUCCAAGAUCAGGCUCUAACCAGGGAGCGCCUUCCAGCCAGUAUUCACCUGGACUCAUGCCUGAGGGUGCUUAUCCUGAGGCGCCUGAGCUGGCUGCAUCUGCUGGCGCUGGUUCUUCUUCCAAACCUGUUAAGUCCAGGGGCAGUGCAGCGAGGCAGGGUCCUGCAGGCCCAGCACAGUCAGGAGCUGGAUUUCAAUCUGGCUCAAAAGAGAGCAAGUGGCUCAUUGCACCUCCUAUCCUCAGAGAUGAGGAAACACCAGAAGUUGCAUCCAGCAGUGAAGAGUAUCUGAGUAUCCCUCUUCCACCGGUGUACCAGGCAGGGGAGCUGUCCCAUUACGAAAGGAACCUUGAGGGUGGCGAGUACGACCGCGAGACUGCGGAACAAGGCUUCCUGCCACCACCUCGUUCAGAACCAGCGUAUGCUUACAUGGUGCCUCCUCCUCUGGAUGGAUCUCUUGAAGGCUACGUCAGCCCACCUCGACCAGACUCUGGCCCUGCUGGACUCUGGCGCGUUUAUCCUUACUACGACUACAUGUUCCUGACCGGCCAAUAUCCAACAGGCACAGUCAGUUACUUCAGCGGCGGUUUAGAGCACGGAAGGGACGACUUCAAAGAUGCUCACUAUGUGAGAGAAUACCUUCCCUACCCUGCUCCCUCACAGCCAAUCAACACUGCCAAGGUUGACGCUCCUGCAAGUGGUGGUGCAGCUGUCCAACCCAUUUAUUCACGUCGAACCGCCAGGCAACCAAUUCUCCAUGCAGGUGGUUAUGGGAGCAAUUCUAACGCAGCCAAGCAUGACUAAGAGGUGGAUCCCUCCAGCAGGAUGUUUCAGAAUUCAAUAAAAGACCUUUUUCAAAUA